AUGGCCUCUGGCAUAAGCAAGGUUCAUCAGCCCGGGACUUGCAAUGGAUCUAGCGGCGCUCGCGGCAGCUCGGCGGGAGAAUGCAACCAGGAGAUUCAGGUGCAAAUGUGCAAGAAGAUCGCCCAGCUCACCAAGGUGAUAUAUGCUCUGAACACUAAGAAUGAUGAGCAUGAGGCUAGUAUACAGGCUCUGAAAGAUGCGCAUGAAGAAGAAAUUCAGCACAUUCUUGCUGAGACAAGGAAAACAGUUCUCCAGUAUAAAAGUAAAGUGGAAGAAGAACAGUUGCUCAGAAAGCAUAUUCAAGUCCUCGAAGAUGCAGUAGAACAGCACAAAAGACUAAAAGAAGAAGCCUUAGCAGAGUUAACCCUGUUCAAGAAGGAGGUGGAAGAAAGAGAGCUGAGAAUAGAAGUAAAACAGUCACAGAUGAACCUUUCCACAGACACAGUAGAUACCAAUGCAGACUUUGAAAACAAGCUUCCACCUUUAAAUCUGGAGCACGAGGGCCUGUUAGAUGAGUGCAAAGCAUCUAGGAGAGAGAAUUUAGAUACAAAAGAGAUUCUAGAUGAAAAAUGCAGUGUGGAAGAGCAAGCUCUGAUUAAUGAGGUGGACAGUCUGAAGAGUGAGAACCAGAGAGUCAGUGGAGAAUGUACACAGAAAAACAGCCAACUGCAAGCUUCUUAUGAGAGAGAAAAAGAGACUUUUAAAAAGACUAUGCAGCAAUCCAUGGCAGAAAGGCAAAGAGAACUGGAGCAGACAAAAUGCUUAGAGGCUCAGGAAGGUUUUUUGCUGCAGCAGGUAAAGAAGCUGGAGGUGGACCUAGAGGAGAGAACCUGGAAGAUAAAUGAGUGGAAGAAACACUCCCAGAAGGUGAAAGAAAGAAUACAGGAGCUACAGAUACAGUUAGAGGAAUUAAAAAAAAACAAAUCUAAGAGUGAAAUAAAGCAACCAGAGAACGGGAAAGAAGCCCUAACUACAAAACGGCAAAAUUCCUCACUUGAGGUGGCUCAGCUGAAGCAAAUAUUAGACCAACAAGCAAAUAAUUUCAAAGAGUCUCUGAAGAAACAUGAGCUACAGUCCAACAAAGAAAAAGAGAAGCUUUUGCAGGAUCUUCACAACACCAUUAAAGAAAACCAGAAUGUUAAACUUCAGCUGGAGUCAUCACAUCAAAAAAUCUUAAAAAUAUUGGAGAAAAGUAAAAAUCAGGAACUCAAGGAGGCAGAAGAGCAUUUGAAAAAGGAAUUUAAUGAGACUUUCAAGAUCCAACAUCAGUCUCAUAAGCUGGAAAUGCAAACCUUGGAAGAGAAAGCAAAAAAAGAAUUACAAGAUGAACUGGAGCAGAUACAGAAAGAGCAAACUCUGUUGCUAGGAUCUCUAAGGAUGGAACUUUCUGAGCAGCAGACAUCGUGCGCUAGUCUCAAAAAACAAAUAGAAGAUCUCCAAGCAGAGCUGAGGAGUGUGAGAACACUGAAGAAGCAACAGGAAGGAAGUAGCCAGAGCCAGAUCAGAUCUCUUCAUGAGGAACUGGAAAAAAGUCAGCAUGAAGUUUCUGGUCUUAAGAAAGAGAAUUUACUUCUGAAGCAUGCAAUGGAACUACUCAGUGCAGAGCUGGAGUCACAGAAGCAAGAAGCUGCACAGCUUCAGGACAGGGAGAAGCAGCACAGAAGACUUAAAGGAUUAAAAGACAAGCCAAGAAGGCAAGAGUCCAGACAAGAAGAUAUACACCUUAUAAGCUGCCUGCAAGAUAAAAUAAGUGAGAGAGAAAAGAUUAUCAAGCAGCUGGUGGAAGGAAGAAAAUUUCAGCAUUCACUUUCAGCCAACACUGAAUCUUACAGGAAUCGAUCAUUUUCUUUCAACCCUAAUCUGGGAUGUUUGACUCCUUCCAUGAAGCAGAAGAAAAUGGAUGAGGUGCCCAGCCGUGUCGUCAGUGUUCCGAAUUUAGCUUCCUACGCAAAGAGCUUCUUCAACUGUGACUUGAGAUCGAAAAGAAGUGUUCCUCAAAUACCAAAAUCUACAAGCUUAGACCAGAGUCCUGGCUGCUUCAGAAUGGGCUAUCUGGCAGCACAGUCUAUCAGCAGUGCCACCGCGAGGACACACAACAAUGAAGCACUGCAAACCAAAGAUGACCAAAAGCGAAUCCCUCAGCAUCAAGAAUGGUUUACUAAAUACUUUUCCUUUUAA